AUGAAUAUGAGAAAGUGCAUUACAUUGGUAUUGUUGGUCGAAGCAGUAGUAACGACAACAAUGGGAGGAGAGGUAGAAGCACUUUCAUGUUGGGACAAGUGCAUGUUCGUGUGUGGUUUCAAACUAAACACUAAAGAAUUUUGCACCCAAAAAUGUCUAAAGCAAUGCCACUUACCACCUCUUUUGCCAUCUCAAUUAUCGCAUUAUCGCACUAAUCGUUUCGAUCAAACAUUUUUGACAACUAACACAAGUGCACAACGCUCGGUAGUGUUUUGCGUUUAUGCAGAAUGA